GCUCUAGGCAGAAGUCAAUUUCCCUUAGGCUUCCCUCUCCUCUGGCCUAUAUAAACGAAGCCCUUUUCUUCUCCAAAACAUCAAAUUUUCUUCUCACAAAAUGGCAGAAUUCAAGACAAAAGUUGAAUCUGCAAAGGAAUGGUUGGUCGAGCACAAGCUUAGAACUGUUGGAUGUUUUUGGCUUGGUAGCGUCACGGGUUUGAUGGCGUACAACUGGUCUCGACCCAUGAAAACCAGCGUCAAGAUCAUUCAUGCUAGGGUCUAUGCUCAAGCCCUUACGUUGGCUGCAUUAGCUGGUGCUGCAGUGGCUGAAUACUAUGACCAUAAAUCUGGACCCCAAGUUGAUAAAAGAUACGCUAAGUACCAAUUCCCGAUUGAUGCAUAUUCUCACAAGGACUAGAUAACUCUCUAGAUUGGUAGAUCUUCUCUUGGUCUAUAAUGAUAAACAAGAUGCUAAGGUGCAAUCUUUCUGUCGAAAUAUUAACAAGGAGCAGGGUUUCUCCCCUUUCCCUCACAUUCUUUGUCCUUUUGUUUUGGUUAUUCCAUACCUAAUCUGUUAUGAGUGCCUAUUAGUGUACUCAGAUGACUGUGUAGCAGAAUCUACAGAGAAAAAACAAUAAUUUUAUUUUUUAUUUUUAAGCGUGCUAGUGAUUUUCUGUUUGAUUGUUACCAUUAUGCCAUUAUGGACGGAUGAUUGAGCUUGUCAUCCCAUGGUAUAAACAGAAUGAUACUUGUGGAUAAUCCUGUGGAAGUAAAAGCAAGCAAAUUUCAGGGUUGUAGACUUGUGGUAUUAGUGAAAAAGAUUUGAUGUAGCAUUGCAAAAUGGUGAUAAUAAGGAAUGGGGAGGAGAGCUCUUACGUUGAAACUCAAUUUAAAUGACAUGGUUACUGGGGUCAGUUGUUAGAUUUUAUUCCAAAUUUCGGAUUGGAUGAUACCUUUGCUUUUUGCAUCGCAUAUGAAGUGAUGAGCAUUACAAUGUUAUAGACAUCUAAGAUCCAAGGAGUUCCAUCACCUC